AUGAGCAUCUCCGAAUUAGAACAUGUGCGUGGUGUUUGGGGACGAACCAAGAACGACAGUGCCAUCUAUCGACUUCUUCUCUCGGAUGUCCAGAUUGUCAGUGCCGCUCGCGGCCAGAUGCAGGCUCGUCUCGAUCUCACUCCCGAUCAUGUAAACUCCCGGGGUACCAUCCACGGAGCAGUGUCUGCAUCGAUCAUGGAUUGGGCCGGUGGAAUGGCCAUUGCAACUCAUGGAUAUGAGAAGACCGGCGCCAGCGUCGAUAUCCACGUCUCAUAUCUUUCCACUGCCCACGCUGGGGAUACAGUGAACAUCCACGCGGUAGCAGAUCGCGUCGGAAAGUCGAUGGCCUUCACUACCAUCAAGAUCUCUCGAGUUGUCGAUGGUGAACCUGGCCCUCUGGUUGCGACUGGCUCACACACGAAGUUCUUGCCAGUCUCCAAGGAGAAUCGCGAGUCCAAGAAUUGA